UGAGGUAAGGACAAAGGCGGAAAGAGAGAGAGAGAGAGAGAGAGAGAGAUAUGUGGAAAAAGCAAAGGAAGAGAGAGAAAACAAGAUCAAGAAACAGAGCCGAUUCGUGUUUUGAAAAAUUCAACCGCUCUCCAAAAUUCUCCAAUUCACACAAGAUUAUGAACCCACUUCCCAAACCCCUUCAAAUUUCAAUACCCAAAUCUUAUUUUCUCUCACUUCCUCUCAAAUUUCUCUGAAUCUGAUCCAAUUUCUCCCCUGUUUUUCUAAUUUUUUUUUUUUGGCCUGCAACAAGGACACCUCAAAUUCUUCAUCAGUUUGUUCCAUAGUCUGGUCUUAUCAUGAGGUUAUAGCUUUCAAUUCCUCUGUGUCUCAAUUUUUUUUUUAAUAUUCUGAUCCUCUUUAUUAAUAAGUCUUUCUCUCUCAAAACCCCCAUUCCUCCAUUAAUCCCAGGUUUAUUUUCCUUUCUUUGCUGUGCGUUUUGAAUUCGGUUUCCAUUUGUUCUUGGUGUUCCAACUUGAAAUUCCCAUCUGGGUCUUGCUCAGUUUUGCUGAGAAUUGAACCAUGGGAAUUCAAAAGGACAGAAUAAAAUUCAAUGUGGGAGGCAAGUUCUUCGAAACCACAUCAACAACCCUAGCCAAUGCCGGCCGAAAUUCCUUCUUCGGCGCAAUGUUUGAUCAUCAAUGGAACCUCCAAACCCUUAAUUCCGACGAAUUCUUCAUCGAUCGAAACCCCGAUUGUUUCGCAAUCCUCCUAGACCUCCUCAGAACAGGGGAGCUCUAUAUUCCAUCCCAUAUCCCAGAAAAACUCCUCUACAGAGAAGCCAUGUUCUAUGGCCUUUUAGACCACGUUCGGACCGCGAAACGAGGCCAAUUUAAUGGAAAUCGGCUCCGUUUUUCACGGUCCAAAACAGGGCAAGCCCCCGGGGACGGCACGGCAAUCCGUGCUGGCCCGGACGGCGGGUGCUGUGUGGCUCAUGGUAGUAUGGUCCAUGUUUAUGAUUGGAUGCUAGAAGAGCACCCUCCAAUCAGUCUUGAUUAUCAGAGGAUCAAUGAUGUGGGUUGGAUCGAUUCGGAGACCGUUGUGGUCACCGCAUGUGAGCGGUUAGGGCGCGGCGAUGGCGGGAUGGCUCUGUUUUCUGCAUCAUCAGGGGAAAUCAGGCAUAGAUUUCAGGUCAAUCAUGAGGAUCAAGUGAAGAGUUACACAGCUGGUGCUUUGAGCUUUAGCACAGAGGAUUACAAGAUUUUUUCUAGUUGUAAAGGUAGAAGCAAUGAGUAUGGGAUUGGUGUUUGGGACCAAAUCACUGGAAAACAGAUUGAUUUCUACUAUGAACCAAUUGGUUGGUCACUUGGUGAUGCAGAUAGGCUUCAGUGGUUACAUGGUACUAACUGUUUGUUGGUUGCAACUUUGUUUCCUAGGAAAGACAAUUGUUAUAUUAGUUUGUUGGAUUUUAGGGAAAAGAGUAUGGUUUGGUGUUGGUCGGAUAUCGGAGCUCCGGCGACCGACGAGAGACGGGUCCGAGACGCUAUAGCGAUGGAAGAGACUAAUAAUAUAUGUGUGGUGAAUGAGUAUGAGGAUUUAGGGUUCAUGGACUUGAGGAGUGGUGGUGGGAGUGUCCGGUGGUGUUCGAGGAGUCGGUUGAUGAAAGGGAAGAUGCCGGAUGAACCAUGUUACCCAAAACUUGCAUUGCACGAGGGCCAGUUGUUUUCGUCUAUGAAUGACAGUAUUUCGGUGUUUUCUGGUCCUGAUUGGGUGCUAACAUCCAGGCUUCGACGCAGCUAUGGAGGUUCAAUCUGUGAUUUUUCAAUUGGGGGUGAUAGGCUUUUUGCUCUUCACAGUGAGGAGAAUGUGUUUGACAUAUGGGAAACUCCACCUCCGCCGAUCACAUGAGUUUCUGCUUGAAGUUGUUGUCCUCCAUUUUGAUCUAAAUGGUAUUCUGUUUGUUUCCUGAGAAAAUGUAGAAGAUGAUAUUGUAGUCCAUCCCUUACGUGUUAGAAAGACUAGUUUUUGUUUUUGUUUUUUUUAAACAAUCCAUAGGAGGGAAUAGGAGAACCGAAAAUUGCAUCAGGCAUUGUUGAGACUCGAAUCCGAGCAUAUUACGCAUUACGCCCGAUAAAAGAGCGCUAGCAUUGUGUAGGGUUUGUAUGUAUAAAUGACAAAGGAAUGAAACUCAUAUUUCAAGACUAUAAUUUGAAAUCUUUG